CCCAUCUCAUUACACAAACCAUCCUACUUAUAACUUCACUUUUCUCAUUUUACUUCAUCUAAUCAUGGGUGCCAUCACUUACGAUAUUGAGAUCUCUUCCUCCAUCUCGGCCGCAAGGAUUUUUAAGGCCGUGGUGCUCGAUGUUGACACCCUCGUCCCCAAGAUCAUGCCUCAGGCAAUCAAGAACGUCGAGAUCUUGGAAGGGGAUGGUGGCGUUGGGACCAUCAAGCUUAUCCAUUUUGGCGAAGGGAGUCAGUACAAGAGCGUGAAGCACCGUGUUGAUGCUAUCGACAAGGAGAACUUGACCCACAGUUACAGCAUAAUCGAGGGCGAUGUUCUUGGAGGAGUGAUUGAAUCCGUUACAUAUCAUGUGAAGAUCGUCCCAACUGAAGAUGGAGGGAGCAUUUGCAAGAACAGAAGCAUCUACAACACAAAGGGUGAUGCUGAGAUUAGUGAGGAGAAGAUUAAGGAAGGGAAAGAGAAGGCCAUGGCUAUGUUCAAGGCCAUUGAGGCUUACCUCCUUGCCAAUCCUGAUGCCUAAAACCUCCAAUUAUACACAGCCAUGAGCCAUGCAUGCUUGAAAACUAUUGUUUUGUGUGAUUUUGUUUCUUGUUUCUUCGACGUUGCAUUUCCAAUAACAUGUAUUUUCGAUGUUUUCUUCUAAUCAAAGGGUUCUUUGUUUUUCUAUAUCAAUAUAAUGUGAACGAGAUUACUCAUUUA